GAAUGUGUUUGAACAUGAGGGGCCAGUGAGAUGUGGGAUAGUGACAAUGUCAGCGGGUGUGUAAAUAUAGGGGACGUGGGUUAUGGGGGUGCAGUGGGCUGGGAAGAGCCCAGCUGAGGACAGUGGGUGUGGGACCCACCGCCCUUGUGACCGACGCCUCGACCUCAGGGAGGGUCUGUAUGGCUUUAACAAAUGUAGAGAUGCAGGAAGUGGGAGAGGCUGAGCGCGUGCCCGCCAAGCCGGGAGCGCGCCAGGAUUCUCUCCAACCUGCAUCCCUAGAGCUGGGAGGCAAGGGGUGGGGGCGUGCAGAACAGAGGCAAAAGGAAAAACAGAAGUGUGACUUCGGGACCAGGGAGUCCCCAAACUCGCCUGUUCCUUUCUCUGCCCCUCCUCGGUUUUCCUCACAGCCGCAGCAACAGAUGCUGGAAGCGUCCUUGGACUGUGGUCCCUGCUCCCACACACUGAGUCUGGACAAGGCGUUGCAGCCCAAGGAGGGCGUACCGGGAGUCAGUGAACAGCCGGAGCCACGAUGGCACCACUUUGGGCCCUGUGGUUGGCCUUGGCGCUGCUAGGAGUGGCCGGAGCGUGCCCGGAGCCCUGCGCCUGCGUGGACAAGUACGCUCACCAGUUCGCGGACUGCGCCUACAAGGAGUUGCGCGAGGUGCCUGAAGGACUGCCGGCCAAUGUGACCACGCUUAGUCUGUCGGCCAACAAGAUCACCGUGCUACGGCGCGGCGCCUUCACCGACGUCACGCAGGUCACAUCACUUUGGCUGGCACACAAUGAAGUGCGCUCCGUGGAGUCAGGUUCACUGGCCGUGCUGAGCCAGCUUAAGAACCUCGACCUGAGCCACAACCUCAUAUCCAGCUUCCCGUGGAGCGACCUGCGUAACCUGAGCGCGCUGCAGCUGCUCAAAAUGAACCACAACCGCCUGGGCUCGCUGCCCCGGGAUGCACUCGGCGCGCUGUCCGACUUGCGCUCGCUGCGCAUCAACAACAACCGGCUGCGUACUCUGGAGCCCGGCACCUUUGACGCGCUCAGCGCGCUGUCACACCUGCAACUCUAUCACAAUCCCUUCCACUGCGGAUGCGGCCUUGUGUGGCUGCAGGCCUGGGCUGCGAGCACCCGGGUCGCCCUACCCGAGCCGGACUCCAUUGCGUGCGCCUCGCCUCCCGCGCUGCAGGGGGUGCUGGUGCUCCGCUUGCCCGCCCUGCCCUGCGCACCGCCCAGCGUGCGUCUGAGCGCCGAGCCGCAGCCCGAGACGCCCGGCGCCCCCCUGCGCGCUGGCUUGGCCUUCCUGUUGCACUGCUUAGCCGACGGCCAUCCUACUCCUCGCUUGCAGUGGCAACUCCAGAUUCCGGGUGGCACCGUAGUCUUGCAGCCGCCGGUGCCCAGCGGGGAGGUCGAUGGGGACAGGGCGGAGGAGGGGGAGGGGAAAGGAGACGGGGACGUGACGACGCAGACCGAAGCGCCAACCCCGACUCCCGCACCCGCUUGGCCGGCGCCCCCAGCCACCCCCCGCUUCCUGGCCCUUGCAAAUGGCUCCCUGUUGGUGCCGCUCUUAAGCGCCAAGGAGGCCGGCGUCUACACAUGCAGUGCAUACAAUGAGCUGGGCGCCAACUCCACAUCAGUACGCGUAGCGGUGGCAGCAGCCGGCCCCCCAAAGCAUGCGCCUGGCGCGGGGGGAGACCCCGAUGGGCAGGUCCCGACCUCUGAGCGCAAGUCCGCAGCCAAGACCCGAGGCAACAGCGUCCUGCCCUCCAAACCCCAGGGCAAAAUCAAAGGCCCAGGCCUGGCCAGGGUCAGCAUCCUCGGAGAGCGGGAGGCGGAGCCGGAGGAGGAGGCAGUUGAGGGAGAGGAGGCCGAAGACCAGAUUCCUGAAGACCCGGCGGAGAAGCAGCACUGUGGCCACGGGGACCCCUCUCAGUACGUGUCCAACCACGCAUUUAACCAGAGCACAGAGCUCAAGCCGCACGUCUUCGAGCUGGGUGUCAUCGCGCUGGACGUAGCGGAGCGCGAGGCGCGGGUGCAGCUGACACCGCUCGCGACGCGCUGGGGCCCCGGGCCCGGCGGGGCUGGGGGCCCCGGGCGGCCUGGGCGACGGCCCCUGCGCCUGCUGUACCUGUGCCCCGCGGGGGGCGGGGCGGCAGUGCAGUGGUCCCGGGUGGAGGAGGGCGUCAACGCCUACUGGUUCCGGGGCCUGCGGCCGGGCACCAACUACUCCGUGUGUCUGGCGCUGGCGGGCGAGGCCUGCCACGUGCAGGUGGUGUUUGCCACCAAGAAGGAGCUACCGUCGCUGCUGGUCAUCGUGGCGGUGAGCGUAUUCCUGCUGGUGCUGGCCACCGUGCCCCUGCUGGGCGCCGCCUGCUGUCACCUGCUGGCCAAGCACCCCGGCAAGCCGUACCGGCUCAUCCUGCGGCCUCAGGCCCCGGACCCCAUGGAGAAGCGCAUCGCCGCCGACUUCGACCCGCGUGCCUCCUACCUCGAGUCGGAGAAAAGCUACCCGGCCGGCGGUGAGGCGGGCGGCGAGGAGCCAGAGGAGACCCCGGGGGAGGGCCUUGACGAGGACGCGGAGCAGGCGGCCCCCACUGGAGGCCUGCAGAGGGAGGAGAGCCUGGCAGCCUGCUCACUGGCGGAGUCCCAGUCCAAGGCCAACCAGGAGGAGUUCGAGGCGGGCUCCGAGUACAGCGACCGGCUGCCCCUGGGCGCGGAGGCUGUCAACAUCGCGCAGGAGAUUAACGGCAACUACCGGCAGACGGCCGGCUGACCCUCGGGCGCCAGCCCAUUCCCAACCCCACCUGGGUGCCUGAGAGCAGAAGCCUAGGCCGACAGGACUUACCCCCUCCCUCACUCCGCCCCUACCGCUCCCCAUUCUUGACUACUAGGGGCUUCCAGCAGGAGGGGCCGACUUUACCCCCGCCGCCCACGGCUGUCGUCCUCCUCUCCGGCAGUGUCCCGCCCCUGCCCCACUGAGGACACCCCUGCGGCGGAGCGGAAUCUGUGCCCUCCACUCCCGUCGCGAUUGUCCUCGAAGCCAGCGAAACGGCGAAGAAGACGUUGGGAACCUGGGGGGAGGGCCCCGAACCGCCGGUGGGUGUCCCUGGGGUGGAGCGCUGUGGGGUCCGGCCUCGACCCCCUACUCCGCCCGUUCAGGGCUGCAUGUCCCAGAAGCCCGCAACCCCUAGGCUUUAGCUCAAAGCCCGCGGGAACCGAAUCCUCUGUCCCGCCGAGCCGGGUGCCUGGGGCGCCUGUCAGCCCCGCGCCAGGUUUUCACAUUUUCGUUGUUUUCAAAGACAGCGACAUUCCGGGUCUGGUGCUAACACCUCCGUCCCAGCCUGCGGGAAAGCGGGGCGAGCGUCGGCGGCGCGGAGCGCACCCGACCCGUCUCGCCCUCACGCUGAGCGCGCGGGGCCGCGCCCCGGCUCGGCGGAGGCCCGGCUCG